UUGAAGUUCUCUUCUUCUUUAGACGCACUCAUGCGAAACUGACUGUAAUGUUUUUGAGGGGUUGCCGUUUUCUGUUAAAAUCUUAUCCAUCUUAUAUUAGAAUUUCUUCGGCAUAUUUUCACAUUUUAUAUAAACGCACAAUAAUCUGAUUAUGGGUGGCCACGGGGUGAUGUCAGAUGAGGUGUCUCUGGAUUAUUCGGUUCAUGAAGCCUGGAACGAGGCCACUAAUGUUUACCUGCUGGUCAUUCUGGUCAGUUUCGCCCUGCUGAUGUACGCCAGAAAAAACAAGCGGAAGAUAAUGCGGAUCUUCACUCUUCCUCCAGCAGCGAGCAGCUCCUCGGAGCACAACUUCUACGACAGUCUGCAGAAGGUCCGGCUCAGACAGCAGCUGGAGAUGUACUCGCUCGGUGGGCUCAGAAACUGUCUUUUUGUCGUUUGGAAAAUUUACCAUGGAACAUUUAUCAUAGUUCCUAUCACAAUAUCACCAACUCGUAAAUAUGAGCAGCAGCAGCAGCAGCAGUCAGACAGUGUGCAGCUGUCGAUGGAGUGAUCUGACCAGAGGAGGCGCUCUUCACACACUAAUGCUCACUUCAUACCUCUCAGUCAUUCAGAAGUGCUGUUUUAUCACCUUGUGAUAUGAUUUUCCUUUAAGAGCAUCGAUGGACUGUGAAACAGACUGCUCUCUGGUGUUGGAAGUGAAAUAGGAUGUAUAAUAUCUCAGUGUUUCAUAUGAGUGGCAAACACAUUGUGUGCCAUAAGGUUGAUCACUGUUUGGGAUCUGCAUCCAAACACUUUACCUGUCCUCAAAAACAUUGUUGCAAAAUUCUAUUUAAGCUUUUGAAAGUGAAGAUGUUGAGAAUACCAUACUCUGAUUCUAGGUACCUUUUUUCAGAUGUCUCAUAUUGCCCUCUAGUGCUAGAUGACAUGCAUGUCAGUUGUUAUAGGCUGUAAAAUAUGAACCUGCAUAAAAUAAAGAUGUUAAUAUUAAAAACA